AAAGAAAAGGCAGAGGUAAAGUUAGAAUUCUAAUGAUGAUGACGAUCGAUAUACCGAACGGAGGCCCAAGGAAGGACCAAUGACUCACAGUCCGUAAGAGAGCGUUGCAACGAAGAGAUCCGCACGUACAGAUAGAUUUUAUGGAAACAUCAAACUAAAAAAGUUUGUUAAACAAUGGAAUUCUGCAUCAUAUUUAGCCUUUUGUGCCUUGUCUUAAUGCCUGACAUAUCAACUGCAGAUCCGACGGUGACAGUAGCUCAAGGGAUACUCGUAGGUAAAACGGUCAACUUCACAGAAGAGGACUAUAUCGGCGUUGAUAAAAACUUUGAUGUUUAUCUGGGAGUGCCGUUUGCCGACCCACCCCGUCGCUUCAAGCCACCAGUCGCCAAACAACCAUGGAAUGGACCUCUUACCGUGAAAGAGUUUAAAGACGCCUGUUCCCAGCCUCUUCCUCCUCCUUCUUACACUGGUCCAGUGUCGGAGGAUUGUCUUUAUCUUAAUGUUUAUUCGCCAAGCCCAAAGCCCACCAAUGCCUCAGUCAUGGUCUGGAUACACGGAGGGGGAUUUGUUGCAGGAACAGCCAACGAUCUUGAUUACAACGGAAUCCCAUUGGUCGCUGUCGGUGACGUCAUCGUAGUUACAAUAAAUUAUCGUCUUGCUGUCUUCGCAAAGUUUACUACCAAGGAUGCAGAAGCACCUGGUAAUCUUGGUAUGUUGGAUCAGGUAGCAGCCUUACAAUGGAUAUACGACAACGUUGAAGCUUUCGGAGGAAAUAAAGACAGAAUUACUAUAUUUGGGGGGAGUGCGGGAGCAGCGUCAGUAGAUUACCUCACACUCUCUAAACGAAGUCGUCAUUUAUUCAACCAAGCCAUCAUCCAGAGUGGAUCUACAUUUCUGACCUUUGAUCCCAGACCGGCGGAGAUGGAAGUACAAAAUGCCAGGAAUCUCGGGGAGGCCUUGGGUUGUGCCACGUCGCCGUCUUCUGCCUUGAUCGCAUGUUUGGAAACUAAGACUCCAGACGAGAUUCUAAGCGCCUCUUUACCGGCGUAUUCCUUAUGCCCCAUUUCUGUGGACGGCAACUUCCUAGAGGACAAACCAGCCAAUCUGUAUGAGCAAAAUGACUUCAAGAGGUGCCCUGUACUGACUGGUGUCAACAAAGAUGACGGAACUCUCUCCCUUCAAAUCUUCUUUGCCAGUAGUCUUCAUCUACCACGACCAACACUGAAUAGUACAAGCUUAGAAGGAUUUAUUAGAGGAUCGAUGGCCUCAUAUGGCGUCACCGAUGAUUUCCUGAUCGCUGCUAUUCUUCAGCAAUACACGGACUGGUCCAUUGUCGAGAACCCUUCUGCCGAUCUGAUGCCAUCUUUCAUAGAGUUUGCUGGAGAUCACCGAUUCGCCUAUCCUUCGGAUCAGUUUGUCAGGUACCAUGCUGGUGUGGGGGACCCUGUCUUCAAGUACUUUAUGACGCACGAGCCGUCACGCUCUCGUCUAGGUUUACCAGAUUGGUUUGGAGCUGGUCACGCAGAAGAAAUUACGUUUGUCUUUGGACUGCCAUUCAUUGAACAUCUUCCUUUGAGAGGUUUAGACCAGAUGACGGACGAAGAAAAGAAGUUGUCGGUCAAGAUGAUGAAGUUCUGGACGAACUUUGCUAAAUUUGGGGAUCCAACAUCUGGAGCUGACCCCAGUGAAGGGUUGGGCACCUGGCCACCCUUCACGGUACCAGAGCUCUCUUACAAGGAGUUAUCCCUGGAUCUUGGUGUAGGAAGAGCACUGAAGGCCAAUCAGUGUCACUUCUGGAAUGACUAUUUCCCAAAGCUCCAGGACGUUAUCGCUUCGAUGGAUCCAGGUUUAUUGGACUGGCGGAGUGAGUUUAGCAGGUGGCAAGGUGAAAUGUCUGACUGGCAACAUGAAUAUGACCAAUACAAGAAAACUCCACGGUGCAACUAAUCUCGUUCCAGCAUGCGAUAUGCUCGCUUUUUGAAAACUCACACAAACUUAUACUCCUAUAAAGUGCGACUCAAUAUUUGACUAUGAUUAUUCUCAAAUAAGUCAACCAGUUGAUCUGUAGUACAAAUUUUGAAUAUGAAUAGAAGACCUGGAUUUAGAUUUCAUAGAGAAGGUCAGCUGAAAAUGGGCAGAUAUUUUAGGUGUGCAUUUUUAUGAAAUCGGAAUAAUGAUAUUGAUAGCUAGUUCUGUAAAAGAUGAAUGCCGGUAUUUCAUGUUAAAAAUAAUACAUAGUGACCACUCAACAUAGAAUCAUAAAUGUAUAGAAAUGUAAGAAUAUUCUUGCAACUGUCUGUGUGAAUUACAAAAAAAGCCUUUUGUUUCAGAAAACUUAUUGUUAAAAAUAACAAUUCCGCGAAAACUUGGACAUAUUUAUUUCAUAUAUGAUAUUGUUUACAAUGUUACUUUCUUCUUUGUUAAACGAUAUAGGCUGAAUUUACCACUUUUAUGAUUAAGUAACAAUACAGACAACGUUAAGAUUUAUUGGAUAAAUUCAUAAGACUAAUACUUAUUGCACUUGUAGCUGACAGCUUUAAGACCUACAUACAAGUAUUUUGAUACACUUCCCACAACAUUAUGUGAAUAUGUUUGCCAUGAAACAGUAGGCCUAGUGGUGUGGAGGGUAUGAAAUAAAAAAAAUUGUGUCCUAUUGUUUUCAAUUUUGCAUGGAAACUUAGUUUUUGAUCGAAUGACCGAUCAAAACAAACUUUCAAUAGGUGCCCCCACCCCCUUGACUUCCGACAGAAACAUCAUUUGUUGGCCUUAUCAUUCUUUUCAAAAUAGGAAAAAUCUACGCCUUCCAUUAUUUUCUAUUCCCAUUCAUUUAGGUCUACUUCUUUAGGUCUAUUAUCACUUGUCAUUACAAUCUAUACAUAAGCUUGUAUAAACGUAUAAACGUUGACAAAUAUGAUGUUUUCUUGAAGUAACAAAAAGGAGGUGAACUGUUUCCUUCGAUAGAACUUUAUUGCUACUCUCAUUAUAAUUUGAUAUUUUCAUCUAUUAUGCAAGUGUUUUCAAUAUGCAUAUUAAACAAUAAGAAUUAUCUAGCUGGUGUUGUUUAGUUGACAUUUCGAUCAUAUCCCUUUUUUGUAUUAAUAUUAUUCUCCAGGGACUAUUGGGUCAUUUCAUAAUCCAUAUUUUAAAACUUCAAAUACAUACAAAAUAAACUCAA